AUGGAAUUUUCUGAGGUUUUUGAGGAAAAAUUGGGUGAAUAUAAUAUCAAUGCUGUUUCACUGAGGGUUGCUGAAAAUGCAACACCUGUAUUUUGUAAACCAAGGCCUGUCCCUUUGGCUUGGAAAGACAAGAUUGAGGCGAAAUUACGCGAUUUAAUUGCGACUGGUGUGUUGGAACCAGUAGAUAACUCCGAUUGGGGUACACCUUUAGUACCAAUUUCGAAACCAAAUGGCGAUUUUCGCAUUUGUGGAGACUAUAAAGUCACAAUUAAUAAGUUUUUGGAGGAUUUCAAGUAUCCUUUGCCUCGGAUUGAAGAAAUUUUUGCUUCUUUGGAGGGUGGUGAACUUUUCACUAAACUUGAUUUGUCGAAUGCCUACAAUCAACUUGUUCUUGAUGAGGAUUCCCAACUGUUGUGUGCGUGGAGUACGCACAUUGGAACUUUAAAAGUAAAACGUUUACCUUUUGGUGUUAAGACAGCAGCAGCUAUUUUUCAAAAAACUAUGGAAAAUCUAUUCAGAGGAAUUCCAUAUGUUGUAGUAUAUCAAGAUGAUAUUACAGUCACUGGUAAAAAUAUGCAGGAACACAUAGGUACGUUGCGUUUGGUUCUACAAAAAUUACAAAGUUCUGGAUUAAAACUGAAUUUAAAGAAGUCUGAAUUUUUCAAAUCCAAAAUAUCGUAUUUGGGUUUUAAUAUUGAUAAAAAUGGACUUAGCAAAAAUAAUGAUCGAAUUUCGAGCUUAAUUUCUGCCCCGAUUCCUACAAAUGUUUCGGAAUUAAGAGCUUUCGUUGGUAUGGCGAACUAUUAUUCCAGAUUUAUUGAGAAUUUUGCGCAAAUCAUGUCUCAUUUUUACCACUUGUUGGGUAAGGGCGUUCCGUUUGUCUGGUCGGAUGAUUGUCAGCAGGCGUAUGAUUUGAUUAAAAAGUUUGUAACUUCAGAUCGGGUUCUGGUCCAUUUCAACCCUGAAUUACCAAUAUUAUUAACAACGGAUGCUUCGAAUAGUGCAGUAGCAGGAAUUUUAUCUCACCAAUUUUCGGAUGGUCUCAAGCCCAUUGCUUUUGUUUCAAGAGCAUUAUCAAAAAGUGAGAAAAAUUAUAGUACACUUGAAAAAGAGGCGUUGGCGAUUGUGUUUUGUGUAACAAAACUCAAACAGUAUUUACUUGGAAAUACUUUUGUACUAAGAACGGACCAUCGUCCGUUACUUGCAAUUUUUGGUGCAAAUAAAGGUUUGCCUAUGAUGGCCUCAGCACGUAUGCAACGCUGGGCACUGAUUUUAUCCGGUUUUAAUUACACCGUUGAACAUGUUAAGGGAGUGCAAAAUGAAGCUGAUGCUAUUUCUAGAAUGCCCCAAAGAAAUGUUGAGAGCAAUAAUAUUGAAUAUUCCUAUAUAAAUUUCAUAGAAAAUGAGGAAAAUUUCAACUUGAAUUUCAAGACUGUAUCUCGUGAAAUGAGACGUGACACUGUUUUGUCAAAAGUAGUAGAAUGUAUUGCAAGUGGAACCCUGCACAAUUUAAAAGAUGAUUUGUAUACGCCAUAUCGUGAAAAAGAUACACAACUUUCUGUCGAAAAUGAUUGCGUUCUGUGGGGAUACAGAAUCGUAAUUCCAGAGAAACUGAGAUCUGCAAUCUUAACAGAAUUACAUCGUUCCCAUUUGGGAAUUGUAAAAACAAAGGCUUUGGCUAGAUCGUAUAUAUGGUGGCCUGGUUUUGAUAAAGAUAUCGAAAAUUUAAUCAGGAAUUGUAUUCAUUGUCAAAAAUUGCAAUCCAGCCCGGAAAAGAGCAGCCUAAUUCCAUGGGUGCCUGAUGGUUCUGUGUGGAGCAGAAUACACAUUGAUUAUGCUGGCCCGAUUAAAAAUUUUCAUUUCUUCAUUAUCAUCGAUGCUUUUUCAAAAUUCGUCGAAGUAUUUAAAACCAAAGAUUUAACAACUGCUUUUACAAUUAGAAAGCUGAGAGAACUGUUCUCACGCUAUGGUUUGGUUGACACGCUCGUUAGUGACAACGGACCACAGUUCACAUCAUAUGAAUUCAAGAAUUUCUUGGCCUUAAAUGGUAUAAAACAUGUCUUGACUCCUCCGGGACAUCCGUCCACAAAUGGUCAAGCAGAAAAUUUUGUCAAAACUUUUAAAAAGUCUAUUUUAGCAAAUUUAGACCAAAACAAAGAUGCCAAUUUGGAUCAAAUAUUAUGUCGUUUCCUAAUGGAUUACAGAAACAUGAAACAUUGCACAACAACUGAAUCUCCAGCUAUGCUGUUCUUUGGCAGGAAACUGAAAACCAGAUUUAGUCUUCUAAAACCCCCAACAACAAAACAAAACAUACUUAAGUCUCAAGACAACAACAUAGUUCAUCACAACGGUAAUCGCAAAGAGUUUUUUUGUGAAGGUGAAACUGUGUUAGUACGCGAUUAUCGAAAUCCAAAUAAACCUAGUUGGACUAAGGCAAUAAUAGCUACUAACCGAACCCGUGCACAGCUGACUGCCAACUUAUCAGCUGUAAGCUUAAACAACACAUGA